AUGGACGUAUUUUAUUCUUCAUCGUCGUCUUCGUCGGGGUCCUUCAGCACGGUCAGCCCUGUAGUAGUUGUACCAACAACACCAUCACCUAUACGGAGUAGCAGUGGCAGCACGCAAACAGCAACACGAACACUUCCCUCUUCUAGUUCACCCACAAAACGCAAUCCACUACAACAGCAACCUCCAAUCAUCAACACUCCAAUCACUUCUUCUUAUUACCACCAACCACAAUCUCCCCAUGAAACAAGAGCAACAAACAAUGUCGUAUUACCUCCCUUGUUGCAACCAUCUUUUUCAACGAACCAUGCCCAAACCAGUAAUUUUGUAAAUAUCUCAACUGCUCACAACAACAUCCAUAAACCUGUACCAGUAGCAACCAUCACUCCAAAUCUCAAUAUUACUAAUAACAGCCAUCAUCAUCAGCAACGCACCAUAGAACAAGUACAACCAAAUGAAGCUUUUAUUCUUCCUCCUGUAUCUGCCUUGUUGCAAACUCCACCUCCAACAUACUCCCUUCAGAGCACAAACACUUCGAUACCAAGCUCCCCUUUCAAAGUUCCAUCUCUUGAUUCCUAUCGAAACAGUUUGGCUUCACCUGUAUCUUCAUCAAAUCAUGAAUUUUCUAAUGAUCAAAUUUCGUCAGCUGGAUGCAGCACAAUGAGCACUGACUUUGAGCAUCAAAAGAAAGCUUUCCAAAAUUAUGUGAAAAACGUAGCAAUUCGAGAAGAGAAACAAGUAGUAAAGAUGGGGCAAGAACAGCAAGUGGCUCUUGUUUUGAAAGUCCUCAAACACAAUCAACUGAGAAUGGCUCAAGCGUUAGAGUCAUCUCCUCGAUCUCAUCACACGAUAUCAGCCCAGUUGUUGGAAAAUGGUCGCAUUUUGGACGUUUAUGUUUUCAUUCGAAAGAAGCCGAAUUGCGUGAUUGAUAGAAAGACAUUUACCAAAGAAUUUAGAUUAGAGAAUUUCUCUUUCAAUGUCGUGGUGCUUGGCAAGAAAUCUCAAAACAAUGUACAUAGGGACAAAAAUCAACAAACAACAGCACCCAAACAACUCCAAUAA